AUGGCGGGCCCAUCGCAAAGCCUCGCAGCACCUCCCUGCCCCGCCAGCGCACGAUCACACACCUCUUCCUCCACGGCGGGGGUACCGCUUUGGGGCUCCUCGCUGCUGUCGCUCUCCGACUCGCUGUCCACCUCCUGGCCCUCCCCCAUCACCGUCUCACCGUCCUCCACCGCCAUGGCGAGGGGAUCAGGUGGCGCUCGCAAACUUCAGGACCCGGGCCAUGCUUGGCUGAGAACCAGGCCGCAAAUCAGCAAGGCAGAAGGAAGGGUGCGAUGCCAGGGGCUCGUUUCUCACCUUGCCCCGGUGUAG